GCGGCGACUAACGUUGGCGUUAUCGCAUCCAGCUCCAGCCACUGGUAUCCCCGUCGACGGCACGAAAAUUCCUGCAUCAUCGUGUGCCUACAGGGAGCCGACGCCAAUAUGAACGGGGAUAAUUAUUCCUCUAGAGACAGCGGCCGACACGGCUCCUCUCGCGACUACCAGUCAUCUAGGCGUGAUCGCGAUGACAGGCGCGAUCGCGGAGACACUCGAGACCGAGGAAGCGGACGCAGGCGGUCCCGAUCGCCUGACUACCGCAGCGGCCGACCCCGUCGUGAAGAUGGCGAUAUCGAUGCGUAUUCUUCCAGCAGGAGUCACCGCGACCGUGAGCGCGAAGAUCGUUACUCGGGCCGCGACCGUCGCGGCGCCGACCGGGGCGAUAGAGAGUGGGAGCGCGACCGAGGCGGCCGAAGUCGCCGCGAGGACGAUGACCGGCGGGACCGUCGUCAAGAGCGAGAUCUGGCCGAUGAUCGUCGUGGACCUAGGCGUGACCGGGACUUUGAAAGGGAGCGUCCGCCUCGGCGGAGCGCGUCACCCCCACCCAAGAAACGAGAACCCACACCCGACCUCACCGACGUCGUACCUAUUUUGGAGCGGAGGCGCCGUCUGACACAGUGGGACAUCAAACCACCCGGCUAUGAUAAUGUUACUGCCGAGCAGGCCAAACUUUCUGGCAUGUUCCCACUUCCUGGUGCACCCCGUCAGCAAGCCAUGGAUCCUACAAAACUCCAAGCUUUCAUGACCCAGCCUGGGGGCGCAGUGAAUAGUUCUGCCCUUAAACCCUCUAAUUCCCGCCAAAGCAAACGCCUAAUCGUCUCAAACCUACCCGCCUCAGCGACUGAAGAAAGCCUUGUCAACUUCUUCAACCUUCAACUCAACGGCCUGAAUGUCAUUGAGAACGCCGAUCCCUGCUUGCUCUGCCACAUCUCUCCCGAUCGGACGUUUGCCAUGCUUGAGUUCAGGACUAGCACGGAUGCGACGGUUGCUCUGGCGUUUGACGGCGUGACGAUGGAGGCCGAAGACGAUUCGCACGCUACCAACGGCAACGGUGCGGCCCCUCGCGGUCUGCACAUCCGCCGGCCAAAGGACUACAUCGUGCCUGCCAUUGUUGAGGAUCCAAACUACGACCCGGAUUCUGACGUGCCAUCGAGCGUGGUGCUAGACAGCCCCAACAAGAUAAGCGUGACGAAUAUCCCACUUUAUCUGACGGAUGACCAAGUUAUGGAGCUCUUGGUCAGCUUCGGCAAGCUCAAGUCGUUUGUGCUAGUAAAGGACAAUGGCACACAAGAGUCGCGAGGAAUCGCCUUCCUCGAGUAUGCCGACUCCAGCGUAACCAAUGUCGCGAUCCAGGGCUUAAACAACAUGACGCUUGGUGAACGGGCUCUCAAGGUCCAAAAGGCGAGCAUUGGUAUCACACAGGUUGCCGGAGAGAUGGGCGUAAAUGCUAUGUCUAUGCUCGCAGGGACGACAUCCACCGACUCUGAAGUCAGCAGGGUCUUGCAGCUCCUCAACAUGGUCACCCCAGAUGAGUUGAUGGAUAAUGAUGACUACGAGGAAAUUCGUGAGGAUGUCCAGGAGGAAUGCGAGAAGUUCGGCACCAUUCUAUCCCUCAAGAUCCCAAGACCGAUCGGGGGCAGCAGGCAAUCAGCCGGUGUGGGCAAGAUUUACAUCAAAUACGAGACUCCCGAGAUGGCGACGAAGGCUUUGAAGGCCCUCGCUGGAAGGAAAUUCGCCGACCGCACGGUCGUCACCACAUACUUUCCUGAGGAGAACUUUGAUGUGAACGCUUGGUGAUGAUCAGGUGAUGAUCAAGGAUGAAUGGCGGAUGUUGACGAGUGAGGCUAUUUUCUGGGGCUGUGGGAGCUGGGUUUGAGAUACGGCCAGCGAUGAUGAAACGGUCGAAGUCUCUCACGAGCACGAGGCUCUCUCUGCGAGCACUGUGGGAUAUAAAGUGAAAUGUACAAUUACUCGGGCGAAAUCGGUUGCACUGCAUGAAACACUCCGGGAUGCCGGCAGAUAGCUGGGGAGUGGUUGCAUGCGGUUGGCACUCUCUCGACAGGUUGCUCUAUCAAACUCUAGGUAGUUGAGGGAGACUGUCGUUCUAUUUGAUGUACGGAUAUCCAGUGUUGCUAUUUAAGAGCAGCACUUUUCUACAGAUCAAUGAACAGGUCAGACACAACAAAUCUAGAUCAGAAUGGCC